AUGGAUUUUCUCUCAGAUCAAGCGAUUCUCAGAGGAAUGAUGGACUACGAACAAUCCGCCAUGGAAAUAGUCGCCGAUCAAUCGGAGCAGAAAGAGGCGGCGGACGUGGAGGAGCAGGAUGAGGAUCCGUUCAUCAAAUUCAUCGAUUUUGCUCAGACGAUGUUGAGCGAGAAUGAAAAGGAGAACUCCAACCGUCCUGGUUGGAGCUGGACCGCUUCUCGGAUACUUAAGACUUGUUCUGCGUAUUCUAGCGGCGUUACUCCGGCAAUUCUCCUCUCCGAUCUCUCUCAGGCCUGGAGCGAGCAGAAUAGAGUUAGAGCUCCAAAAAAGAGGCCAGAUUAUGUGAACAAAAUGAGGGAAAAACAUAAGAGAGCGAAGCUUCCCGACACUGUUACGAUUGAUUCCAUAUACGAGAAAAGAUUUUUAUCACUGGCUAGUGUUAUUGAAGCAGUAAUAUUAGAUGUGUACACACUUCCAGGGACAAAUAUCUAUAUGAUAACUUUGGGUGACUUUUGGAGCUCUAACACCAUUGACCUCUACCUCCAUCGAAGAUUUUACAAAUUAGUUGAUCCAAUCAAUGGGAUUCUGAGGAAGGGACGAGAAGUCUUACUUACUGGAUGCCAUCUUCGGACAGCCAGUGGAAGUUCUGCUCAGUCUCGGCUUCUGCCAACCGAAAAUUUUAUAGUGUUGUUAGAUGAGGACCAAGAUGAUGAUGCCAUGCUUCUUGGAGCUCAAUUUUGUUCUGAUUCCUUCUCUUCCAUUUCACUCGAGGCAAUUAAUGAAGGUGUCUCUUAUUCAUUGUAUGCUAGAAUUGAAGCUAUUGGAUCCUUGGAGACCCAGGGGAAGCAUUGUUUGCAGAGGAAGCAGAUAAUACUUGUAGACAAUGACGAUGUCAAGGCAACAUUUCUGCUAUGGGGUGAUCAGCCGCUUCUUAGUGUUGGGAGCAUGCUCGCCCUGGAUAGGCCAUUCAUUGCAAGUUCUCCCGAUUGCGCCUUGGAAACAUGUGAAACAUUUUGCCUUGAAUAUGGUAGCGAAACACAGUUGUAUCUUGUACCUUUUCUUCAACAUGAGGAACAUGUGUCUGUGGCUUUAACCCAGAGCCGUUCUCAAGGGUCAAGGUUUAUCCCCAUGUCAGAGCCAAGUCAAGGAUCUGUAGUUUCCCAAGUUAGCUUGCCUUGUGAUUCUCAAGGAUCCAUGGAUUUCAGCCAUUAUCCAUUUCGCUCAUUUGUAGCUGAUGUACGUGGCAAGAUGACUAGCAUCAGUCUUUUUGGUGUAGUUAGCAAUAUCGUUCGAGAUACACAUACAGCAAGUUCCACUUUCUAUUUGGAGAUUAAUGACAGAACUGGAACCAUUUGGAUAAAGCUACAUUUUGUUAGAUCCUGGUCAGUUGGAAGAGUAAGCCUUGGUCACACUGUUUACAUAUCUGGUUUGAUGUCUUCCACAAGCAAAAACAAUAGAGUUGAGUUAUCAUGGGUGGAGAAUGAGAGCGGUGCUUCAUUUAUGAAUCUAAGUUGUUUACCAGCAUUGUUGAACUCAUCUUGUCUUCACAAGUUAUCAUGCCUUUCUGACCUGGAAUUGCAGACUGGCAUCACUCAUAUAUGUCGAGUAUGGCUGGAUCACAUUGAGCACGUAAAUACCAGAUUUUUGCAUUCUGCUUGCGGUAAUUUUAUUGAGAACGAACCUGGGGAUAUAUUUUGCACUUUUUGCAACCGUAAUUGCUCUGGGGAAGUAGUGCGUUCAUUCCAUAUGAAGAUAACCCUUGCAGAUGAGAGUACCAAAAUCCAGGGUUGGUGCAUUGGUCAAACGGCGGCAGAGCUGUUGCAAAUAUUUCCUGAUGAAUUUGAUGCAUUGCCCGAGGAAGAGCAAAUCAUUUAUCCAUCUGCUCUAGAGAAUGAAAGGUUUACUGUCGCCAUCGUCAACUGCAAGGGUCAAGCUAGUAUGAUGGAUUCUGAGCACUACACAACAGCAUGGGAAAUCACCCGGGCAACUAAACUUUGA